AUGUCACACCUCACGGGCCUGGUGAGCCACCUCGACGCGGCCGAAGCUACCUCCACACGGCAAGCACAAGAUAUUGCAGAGCUCAAGCAGGAAAUCCAGGCUCUUAAACAAAAGCAGGCCAAAACCGACCAGCGCUUCACGGCAAUGGAGGAUGCCAGGAGCCGCAAUAAUUUAAAGAUAUGCAGAAUCCCGGAGGAUAUUCCAGCAGAAGAAAUCCCACACCUCUUGAG